CCAAAACUUUCGAGGUGCAACACGCCAAACAAAUGUCUACGAAAGAAGACAGAAGACGCGUUGGCCUCUACCCGGAUAACAGAGUUGCCCCUCUCCUGAAGACAGUGGGGGGGAAGUCGACAGGAAGGAAUCCAACUCAAAAAAAUGCCAGGGCUUCAGCAGGAGCAGCCAUCACGGGGAACGAUUCGAAAAAGCGAAAGACAGACGAUGCAUCAGAUUCCGACGACUCGAACAAUGGAGAUAUAAAAUCGCAAUUCGACCGGGGAAGGCACAGAUCCGAAAACAGUACGCUAAACACCAGAAAACCUGAGGCCGAACCGGCGUAUAUCCCAGGGUCAUACAAGGGAACCGCCUUCCGGGGAGCCGCAAGGAAGAUUGGACAAGCUCGUGGCUAUAUGGAAGGGCCAGAGACGCAACGCCCAAAGAAGAACAUCUCCAAACCGAUGCCAGUGCCAGAGCAGAAACCCAACUUCAAAACGUACGCAGCGAUCGCCGCAAGCCCUCCUCCGAAAAAGCCCGCAUUUAACGAUUAUGGGGCUGGAAAAAAGCCGGCGCCUACAGUGCGGUGUCCGUCGCCAGGGCAGAAGCCCACCUUUAAAACGUACGCACCGAGCACCGCCAUCGAAGGCCCUCCAAAGCCGGCAUUCAAAGACUACGGCCUUCGUGGGAAGCUAGGGAAACCAGGGAAGCCGGAGAAGCCAGAGAAGCUACGGAAGCUACGGAAGCCAGCGAAACUGGCGAGGCCCGAGAAGCCGGUCUUCAACACCUACGGAGGAGCUUUGAAAACCCAUCCUCGCGACUCCGACUCCGACGAACAAAUAUAUUUAUCCUCCCAAACCCGCGACUCACCAGCUCGCCAUAUCGAUUCCGAAGGAACGCCACCCCCCACACACAACCCAAACGAAACAAAAUGCCCCAUGUGCGGCACCUACGUCCCACUCUCCCUCCUCCUCGCCUUUGCCUCCUCGUUUCCCUCCGUCGACCCCUUUGCCAUGCGCAUCCAGGUCCAAUCCCGCUUCUGCAGCCACCACCGCCGACACACUGCAGCCUCUUCGGCCAACUAUCCGCCCGUUGCUUGGCCCGAGCUUCCCUCACGCAUUCGUGCUCAUCUCCCCUCAAUUCGCACUUUCCUCGACGACCCAGACUCAGCUCCAUCACACUACAGAGAUCUUCUCGCAAAGGACAUUGCGGCCGGUCGCAACCGCACGCUCAUGCAGAGCAUCAUGUCGGAAGCGGGUGCGAGGGUGCGCGUACCCGGGUAUUAUGGCCCUCGUGGUGCUCGGGUGAUACAAGAAGAGGUUCUUGACGCCUUAUCGGGCGAGCUGAGGGAGGCGGCUGUACGGGACGUAGUCGUCAGUGCGAGGGGAGUCGGGGUGUAUGUUACUUCUGUGCUGGUGUUGGAGGUUGGGCUUUUACUUGUAAUGGAUGAUUUGGGGGUGGGGAGAGAGGAUGCGAGAGGGGUCAUGGAAAAGAGUGCGGCAUGGGGGACGCUCGUCAACGAGGAGCUUGAUGAGGAGGUGCCGGAGGAUGCAGAAGCGAGUGAUGAGUUUGAAAUGUAACGAUAUGACUAGAUGAUAUCAUAUAAUUAGAGCUUCUGCCGAGCUGUUGCUUGACAAAUAUAGUUGCGAAGGGCAGUUCUCGUUGCCACAGUAUCCAACGCAAACAAUUGUAAUCCUGCUGCUCAUGAUUCGAAUAUCUGCUAUGUGAGGCCUGACGCAGAUGCCUGCAAAUGCCUACUUGCCAUCUGAGUUGCCCACAGCUCUACGUUGCUCAAAGAUGCCCAGUGGCUACAGUUGUUCUCCCCGUCUACAAUCUCUG